UAAGUGAAGCGGAUAAAUUCCUGGGUUUGGGAAGCACAUCUUCAUGCUCUGUCUACCUAUUGCUGUUGUAUGCUGCCCCAGCUUAGAGUCCACACAGCACACGGAGGGGGUGUAUUUUAUUCUUUAAGCCUCCUCCCACCUAAACUGUACGUCAGUGCCCACACUGUUGAGCUCUGCCAGUGCGCUGGGUAGAAAAUGAUGCCCAAGGGUGGUUUUCCUGGCUCCUGGAGCUUUUCUUUUACAGUCCAUCUAAAAAGCAUUCAUUCCUUAACACUUAUGGACCAGGGUGACCAGAACUGGAACUAGCAAGCAGCCCCUGCCUAUGCGGCUGUCCAUCCUGAAAUGGCACACAUGAUCGUCACAUGAUCAUCACAUGAUCAUCACCAUGUGCUUGGCAACCUUAAUUAUUUUCACAUGAUCUCCUUAGGCAGGAUUCACUGAUUCACAUCAAGAGUUCCAGGUCAGCCAUGACUAUGUAGUGAGACCCUGUCUCAAAAAUAACUAACUAAAUAAUAAAAAUUUAAUUUAAAAAAAUGCCUAAGAGCCAGGCGGUGGUGACACGCCUUUAAUCCCAACACUUGGGAGACAGAGGCAGGCUCUGUGAGUUCGAGGUCUAGUCUAGUAGCCUGAUCUACAGAGUGAGUUCCAGGACAGCCAGGGCUGCUACACAGAGAAACUCUGUCUAAAAAAAAAACAAAAACAAAACAAAGAAACAAAAGCCUAUGAAACAGCAAGCUUCGGUGCCUGGCAGGCUAGACUUUAAGCAAAAGUCUUACUUUGCCAGUCCUAUUGAGAGCCAGGAAGAAGAGAAAAAUCCAGGGCAGGCUAGGGAGAGUCAGUCAGUGAGCAGGUGCAGCACGAAGACCUGAGUUGAGUUCCCAGCAGCCCUGUAAAGCCAGGCACAGAAGUGUGUGCCUGUAAUCUGAGUUCUGAGGAGGGAGGUAUUAGAGGAUCCCUGGGGUCUGCUAGCCAGCCAGUCAUGCUGAAUUGGCGAGCUCACAGUUCCAUGAGAGACCGACCCUGCCUCAGAAAGAGUAAGGAGAGGGCCGGAGGAAGACACACAAUGACUGUCUCUGGCCUUCACAAACGUACACACACACACACACACACACACACACACACACACACACACACACAUAUUCACAAACAAGAAUAGCCAGCGUUGGUUAAGCGGCGGCGCUCGUGGCCAACUACUGGAUGCUGCGGUGGUGGUUAUCUUUCUAGAGCUUUAUUGAGAGAGAGAGAGAGAGAGAGAGAGAGAGAGAGAGAGAGAGAGAGAGAGAGAGAAAGACACCGCGCGGAGGGGAGAGAAUACAGAAGGAGAGAGUGCGGAAAGGGAGGGCACAGAGAGGGCACACGCGCUUUUUAGACUGGGACACCUUAGCAGACUGGUGACGUAAUAAGAACAUAAUCCUUACAGCCAGUAAAUGAUUUUGUUCCUACUCACCUUUAUUUAUUUAUUUAUUGGUUUUUGGUUUAUGUAUUUUUGAGACAGGGUUUCUCUGUGUAGCCCUGGCUGUCCUAGAACUCACUCUGUAGACCAGGCUGGCCUCGAACUCAGAGAUCUUCCUGCCUCUUCCUCCUGAGUACUGGGAUUUAAGGCAUGCGCCACCACUGCUGGCCCUCCUCAUAAACAUAAGGUAUACAAAUCCCAAAUCUCCCCAGAACUUUGAAGUUAAAACGGGAGGAAGACCAAGAUGAACCAGUGGAUAGACUGUAGGCUGUCCCUGCUGUGUGUGAUGGCUAUAGCACCACAGCAACUGCUUCAAAAUCUUGCAAUAUGUAUUUUGAGACACUUAGAGAUACUGGGUUCUUUAAACUGUUGCGGUUGGGGCUACAAUGUAUAUACUUUCAUUACACUUUAACUUAUUCUGUGUGUCUGUGUAUGUGUAUGACUGUGUGCAUUCCAGGAUGCCUGCCUGUAUGGAGGUCAAUGGACAACCUUAAAGAGGCGGUUCCCUCCUUCCACACCAUGGGUCCCAGGGGUUGUACUCAGGUCAGGCUUGGUGGCUGAGCCAUCUCACCAGCCCCCCAGUGAAUAUAUUCUGAAUCAAGUUUCAUUUUUCCUAGGACUCUGCUCUGUUCACCCGUUCAACAUCCUCAGAAAGACAUUGGUCUCAUCUGCUGCCCUUGUACAGACAGCGCCCCCUGUCCUCUGUAGCCGCUUUCUGUGAGGGAGCUCACAGACUGUGUCUGUAGUCUCUGUGAUGAGUUAAUAGCCCUCAAGAACAUCUACAUUCUCAUUCCUAAAAACCUCCAUUGUUACCUUUUUAAUGACAAAAGAGACUUUGUAGGUCUGAUGAAGUUAAGGAUCUUGAAGGAGAGUCCCCUGGAUCUUGCAGAUAAGACAUUACCACAAAGGUCUUUGUAAGAGGUAGGGAGUGGUUGUUUAAUCCAGUAAGUAUGGAAGGAAGGUUGUAAAUUCAAGGCCAACCUGGGGGUUGUCUGAAAAAGCCAAACCAGGGCUGGAGAGAUGGCUCAGCAGUUAAGAGUACUGGCUGCUCUUCCAGAGGUCCUGAGUUCAAUUCCCAGCAACUACAUGGUGGCACACAGCUAUCCAUAAUGAGAUCUGGUGCCCUUUUCUGGUGUGCAGGCAUGCAUGAAGGCAGAACAUAGUGUACAUAAUAAAUACAUCUUUUAAAAACAAAAACAAAAGAGCCAAACCAGGGGCCGUGGCUGGCUGGUUGGUAUACUACUUGCUGAGCAUGUACAAAAUGCUGGGGUCAGUCCUCCUGGUGCUGGUAAACCAGGAGUGGUGGUGCACAGCUGUAAUCUCAGCACCCCAGAGGUGGGGCAGGAGGAUGAGAAGUGCGAGGCUUGCCUAGGCUACAGAGUGAGUUCACGGCCAGCUAGAUGAUUUAUGGAGACCUUGCCUCCAUAAAGAGAAAAACAAAGGGCUCUGAAUGUGGUCCAGUGGCAGAGGAACUGCUAAUAUUUCCACAACCCAGGUUUAAUCCCCAGCACUGCACAUGUACACUCUCUCUCUCUCUCUCUCUCUCUCUCUCUCUCUCUCUCUCUCUCUCUCACACACACACACACACACACACACACACACACACACACACACACACACACACGCACACUUGCACAGGCCUUCUUUUCUGCAAGGGUCUUAAAUCAUCCUAGUCAAGAUGGAAAGAUGGCCCAAGAUGGCCUUCCUUUCAGCUUUUACAGCUUCUUUAUUGGAUGUAACCAAUUUCCCUCAUCCUCUUUACCCAGAGCUCAGAUUCAUCAACAGCAACAUUUGGCAGGCGCAAAAUGACAUCGCUGACAUCAAAUGAGUUUCCCAGUGGAAUAUUUCCCAGGGCCUUCACUGCUGACCAGACUCGGGGGUCCACUGGUGGCCCAGAACAGAUCUUAACCAGUGGUGUAGAACACCCCACUGAAAGAAUUAUUAGAAGAGACGAGAGUGCUGGAUUUCGAGAUCUGCACCCAGGGGCCCGCGAGCCAUCCCAGAUCACCGCAGAAACAGAUCGCCAGAGGACUGGGGACUAUGUAGCUUCCAUACGUCAAAGAAGAGAUGAACAACAGCCUGGCCCAACUCAACAGGGCUUACUCCCAGCCAGAGACCAGUAUGGUGGGGUGCCCAUUAGUCAGGGUCCAGUCUACCCAACUCCAGAUGUGCAUGGGAUUGGACCAUUUGUCAUGGAUCAACCUGCAAUCCUGUAUCCUGGCACUUAUCCUCAUGCUGUGGUACCCUUCUCUAUGGGCCAGCUUGGUGUAUUACCACCAGAAAUGGAUGACCAGGGAUUGGUACCUUUUGGUAUGUAUCAGAGUGGUGUGCUGCCACCAUCGGUACCUGACAGGGGUCAACAAGGACUGGAAAGACUUCGUACAGCUCAGCUUGCUACAGUUCCAUUCAGCACAUAUCAGCAAGUUAUGAUGCUUCCUAGAACAGACCAACAUGGCAUGGAACAGGCUGUCAUGUAUGACAGUGGUCUGGGACCAUGGGACAUGGAUAGGCAAGGGUUGAUACCAGUUGGUAUAGAUCAGCAUGGAUUUGUAAUAUUAGGCACAGGUCAGCAAGGGCUGAUUCCCCCUGGUGUGGAUCAGCAGGGAUUGGUAAUGCCUGGCAUAGAUCAGCAUGCAUUCCCUCCAUCUCUUCCAGAUCAAUAUGGCUUGGUGGCACCUGGUCUGACACAAGUAGGUACAAAUCAACAAGGUUUUGGGCAGCCCAGCUCAGAAGCACCAGGCUUCAUACAACCUGGUGUAGAUCAGCGUGGCAUGGUGCAGCCCAUUGUAGAUCAACGUGGCGUGGUGCAGCCCGUUGUAGAUCAGCGUGGCGUGGUGCCGCCCGGUGUAGAUCAGCGUGGCGUGGUGCCGCCCGGUGUAGAUCAGCGUGGCGUGGUGCCGCCCGGUGUAGAUCAGCGUGGCGUGGUGCAGCCAGGUGUAGAUCAGCGUGGCGUGGUGCAGCCUGGUGUAGAUCCACGUGUUUUGAUGAGGCCUGAACCAGAUAGGCGUAGUUCAGAACCUGCUAGGACAGAUAGGCAAAGUUUGGUACAGUCUGUUGCAGAUCGGCGUAGUUCAGCGCCCUUGCCGGCAGAUCGACGGGGUUUGGGGCAGCCUGGGGCAAGUUGGAGAGGUUCAGCACAUCCUGGAGCGGGUAGGCAGAGUUUAGUACAGCCAGGGGCAGAUCAACAUGGUUUGGUACAGCCUAGCACAGACCAACCAGGGGCAGUCCAGCCCGGCCCGGUGCAACCAGGGGCAGUCCAGCCCGGCCCGGUGCAACCAGGGGCAGUCCAGCCCGGCCCGGUGCAACCAGGGGCAGUCCAGCCCGGCCCGGUGCAACCAGGUGCAAUUCAACCUGGCAUGAUGCAACCAGGUGCAAUUCAACCUGGCAUGAUGCAACCAGGUGCAAUUCAGCCUGACAUGCAACCUCUUGGUGCAGGUCAGCCUAGCUUGAUUCAACCUGGUGUAUAUCCACCUGGUUUGGCACAACUUGGUGCAGGUCAACAAAGUUUAGUGCAAGCUGGCACAGGUCAGCCUGUUUGGGUUCAACCGAGCACAGAUCAACAUGGCUGGAUACAACCUGGUGCAUUUCUGCCUGGUUUGGUACAACCUAGUGUAGCUCAACAAGGUUUGGCACAACUUGGAAUGGAUCACCAUGGAUUGGUACAACCAGGUGCAGUUCAACAUAGGCUGGUACAGCCAGAUGUAUAUGCACCUGAGUUGAUGCAACUUGGUGCAAUUCAGGAUAGUUUGGUACAACCUGAAAUACAUCAGCGUGGUUUUGUGCAGCCUGGUGCAGAUCAGCUUGCUAUGGCACAACCAGGUGCAGUCCAGCCCAGCCCGGUGCGACCAGGGGCAGUCCAGCCCGGUCCGGUGCAACCAGGGGCAGUCCAACCCGGUCCGGUGCAACCAGGGGCAGUCCAGCCAGCCCUGGUGCAACCAGGUGCAAUUCAACCUGGCAUGAUGCAACCAGGUGCAAUUCAACCUGGCAUGAUGCAACCAGGUGUAGAUCAGCGUGGCCUGGUGCAACCUGAGGCAUUUCCUAGUGGUUGGGUACAGUCUGAAACAUACUCACCUGGCUUGGUUCAACCUGCUAUAGGUCAAUAUGGUUUGGUUCAGGUAAGAGCUGAUCAAUAUGGUUUUAUACAGCCAAGUGAAGCACAACAUGGUUUACUCCAACCUGGUGGAGAUCAACAUGUCAUAGAUCGACUUGAUUGGAUGCAACCUGGAAUGGAUCAUGGUGGUUCAGUACAACCUGGUGCAGAUGAGAGUAGCUUAGCCCAACCUGGCAUGGAUCAGCGUGACUUGGCACAACCUGGAGCGAUUCAACAUGGCUCAGUGCAACUUAGUGCAGACCAGUCUGGCUUGGCACAGCCUAGAGUAUACCAGAGUGGCUUGGUGGAGCCUGGCAUGGACCAGCAUGGCUUAGCACAACCUAGGAUGUAUCAGUAUGGUUUUGUGGAAUCUGGUGCAAUUCAGCGUGGCCUGAUGCAGCCUGGAGCAGUUCAGCCUAGGCUGGUGCAGCCUGUCAUGGAUCAGCGUGGCCUGAUGCAGCCUGGAGCAGUUCAGCCUAGGCUGGUGCAGCCUGUCAUGGAUCAGCGUGGCCUGAUGCAGCCUGGAGCAGUUCAGCCGAGGCUGGUGCAGCCUGUCAUGGAUCAGCGUGGCCUGGUGCGGCCUGGAGCAGUUCAGCCUAGGCUUGUGCAGCCUGUCAUGGAUCAGCGUGGCCUGAUGCAGCCUGGAGCAGUUCAGCCUAGGCUUGUGCAGCCUGUCAUGGAUCAGCGUGGCUUAAAGCAGCCUGGAGUAGUUCAGCCGAGGCUGAUGCAGCCUGUCAUGGAUCAGCAAGGCCUGGUGCAGCCUGGAGCAGUUCAGCCUAGGCUUGUGCAGCCUGUCAUGGAUCAGCGUGGCUUAAAGCAGCCUGGAGUAGUUCAGCCUAGGCUGAUGCAGCCUGUCAUGGAUCAGCAAGGCCUGGUGCAGCCUGUCAUGGAUCAGCAAGGCCUGGUGCAGCCUAUCAUGGAUCAUCGUGGCUUAACGCAGCCUGGAAUAGUUCAGCCUAGGCUGAUGCAGCCUGUCAUGGAUCAGCAAGGCCUGGUGCAGCCUGUCAGGGAUCAGCGUGACCUGGUACAACCUGGCAUGGAUCAGCCAAGCUCAGUGCAGCCUGGCAUGGAUCAGAGUGGCUCUCAGCAGCUUGGGGAAGAAAGGAGUGAUUCACAGCAGCCUAGCAUGGAUCAGAGUGACUCACUGCAGCCUGGGGCAGAUCAGCCUGGCUUGUUGCAGCCUGGGGCAGAUCAGCCUGGCUUGUUGCAGCCUGGGGCAGAUCAGCCUGGCUUGUUGCAGCCUGGGGCAGAUCAGUCUGGCUUGUUGCAGCCUGGGGCAGAUCAGCCUGGCUUGUUGCAGCCUGGGGCACAUCAGCCUCUCUUGUUGCAGCCUGGGACAGGUCAGCCUGGCUUGUUGCAGCCUGGGACAGGUCAGCCUGGCUUGUUGCAGCCUGGGGCAGAUCAGUCUGGCUUGUUGCAGCCUAGGUCAGGUUGGCUUAGUAUGAUGCAGCUAGGAAGACUUCAGCCUGGUGCAAUCCCUCAGGGCUUGGUUCAGCCUGGUGCAGGCCCUCUUGGCUUGAUUCAGCCUGGCAUAGGCCCUCGUGGUUUGGUUCAGCCUGGCAUAGGCCCUGGUGGCUUGGUUCAGCCUGGUGCAGGCCCUCAGGGAUUGGUUCAGCCUGGUGCAGGCCCUCAGGGAUUGGUUCAGCCUGGUGCAGGCCCUCAGGUUCAGCCUGGUGCAGGCCCUCAGGGUUUGGUUCAGCCUGGUGCAGGCCCUCAGGUUCAGCCUGGUAUGCACAUGGCUCCACUUGGUACAUAUCCAUCUGGUUCCAGACAAAUCAUUACUAGUCAGCCAAGCUUCAUAGCAUCAGGCAUAGAGCUUCAUGGCUUUCCAGAUUCAUAUCAGCGGCAAAUGCUAACUUCUGAACAAGUACAAGGCCAAGCUGGGCAAGAUAUACUUCCUGUCCUGGACCAUCAGGACUCAGACCAACAAGUUCCAGGUGAAGGCCCAACAAUCCCAGGUGCAGUUCAGUACGAUCAAACACAGGCUGUCCCGAGUUACGGUGGCCCAGAACCCAGAGCUUACACAUCUGGCCACAUCAUUUGGGAUCCGAGCAGGAAACUUACCUCAGUCCAGUUUGAACUGGCUACCCCAGGGGGCUCACACCAAGCUACCACUGACUCCAGGGUUCGAGACUUGAGCUACCUCCACCGAUUCUCAUCAGCAAGUGAGACCCGCAGUGAUCGACAGGAAUCACUGGAAAAACUGGCUCCAAGCUUUCCCAUGGCAGUGGAGACAUUCCGCCUGAUGGGCGAGAUCAUUGGCCUUUAUGUGGAACUGAAGGAUCGCAUGAAGGACUUGGAUGAGGAACACGCCGGCCAGACUGACUUGGAGAAAAUCCAGUACCUAUUCUCCAUGAUGGCUGGAAAAGAUCCAGAAGCUGCUGGACACUGAAGGCUCUGCAACGAAGGAUGUGAAGCCUAGUCAUCUGAGCUUGCAGCUGGGCAUCCUCAGGUGACACCCUCUCUCUGCAGCUGGUGCCCUGGCUGGCAUCAUGGUUAAGGCCCAGGCAGUGGAGGUACCUUCUGUCUCCCCAUGUCCUGUACUGACCACUGUCUCUCAUCUGGAGUGUACCAACUCUUCAGCUUGUCCCAGACUUUUCAAGAUCUGGUAGAAGUUCCCCUACAUUCCUAAGGUCGGUACCAGGACUGGGGAGGAGCACAAAGAUGCUAUGUCCCACCAGAGGACCCCAUUUGAAGCCCCUAGACAGAGGCUCCUGAUGUCCUUGUCCUGCUGUGCCUCUGACAGCCAAGCCUCUCCAUUGCAGAGUCACCGUGUCCGACAUCGAGAAGGAGCUGUCUGAGCUGAGGGAGAGCCAAGAGCGAGGCAAGGCCGCCAUGGAGAAUUCAGUCUCCGAAGCCUCCCUCUACCUGCAGGAUCAGGUGAGCAGUCUGUGGCCAAGGCUCCAAGGCCCUCCUAGAGUCAGGAGCAGAAAGAAGGCAGCCUCGCCCUGUUUGGGGGCAUGUGUGGAGUGACUCUUCUGUUACUGUGGUAAAAUGCCAUGACCAAAAGCAACUUAGAGAAGGAUAGAGUCCAUCAUGGUGAGGAAGGCCUCCGAACAGGCAGGGAGGGUAUGGCGGCCGGAACAGGAAGCUAGCAGAUGACAUUUCCAUCUGCUCAAAGAAGCAACAACUUCGGAGCGCGUGUUCAAACACACAGGCCUUUGGGGGGCGCUUCUCACCCAAAGCGCUGCAGUAUGGGAGGAGCCGUGGGCGGGGGCUCAGCCCCAUCCUGAUGUGAGGCUGGAUCUGAGGUUCCAAGGACAAGGGCAUAGCUGCAGGAGUUGAGACAGGGUCCUUCACCGCCUGCUUCCUGUUGCGUAUUUCCUUUAAUUCACAUAUCAUAAAACAUACCUUUUAACUGUAUCUUAUUAUUUUUAAUAAUUGUUUGUUUUUUGAGAUUAUAAUAGAAUUACAUCAUUUCCUCCUUCCUUUCCUUCCUUCAAGCCCCCCCAUAAACCCUCCCUUGUUCUCUUUCGAAUUCAUGGUUUCUAUUUCUUUCACUGGUGUGUGUGAGUGUGUGUGUAUUCAUAAAUAUAAAAGUACAACCUGCUCAGGACUGGAGAGAUUGCACAGUGGUUAGGAGCACCGGCUGCUCUUCCAGAGGACCCCGGUUCAAUUCCCAGCCCCCACAUGGUGCCUCACUCACAGGUGCCUCCAGUUCCAGGGGGUCUGACACCCUCACACAGACACAACACCAGUGUACAUAAAAUUUAAAAAAGAAGAAAAAAAAGGUACAACCUGCUCAGUCCGUCCGUGUGUUAUUUGUGUGUUUUCAGGGCUAGCCGUUUGGUUUUGGUGUGGCUUUCCAGGAGAACAUGCUCUCCUCUGCCCUCAGCCUUCCUGAGUUGCCCGAAGUUCCUUGUCUAAGGCUGAGGCCCCAAGAGCUCUUCCUUUCCCACACCAGCUUGUCUAUGGGUGGCAGCCUUUAGUAAUGUGUGUGUGUGCCCUGUGGCGGGGGAGGGGAGCGCUGCUCGGGGAGUAUAGAGGCAUUGGAUUCCUGGAGCCACCUGGGUGCUGGGAAAUAAACUCAGGAGUACGUGCUCUCAGUCACCAGGCCAUCUCUCCAGCUCUUUAUUUUAUUUUUCAUCUUUAUCAAUUUAUUUUUAUGUUUUGAGUCUUUUGGUCCUCAUGUAUAUAAGUGUGCAUACAGUACAGAUGCAUACAGUACCCUCAGAGUCCAGAAAAGGACAUCAGGGGAUCUGGAGUUAGAGAUGGUUGGGAGCCAUUGUGUAGAUGCUGAACCCGGACCUCUGCAAGAGCAGUCAGUGCUCCUAACCAUUGAGCUAUCUCUCCAUCCCAGCAUCCAUUUUCCCCCCAGUUUUUUUUUUUAAGAUUUAUUUAUUAAUUACGUAUAAAAUGUUCUGUCUGAAUGUAUCCCUACACCCCAGAAGAGGACACCAGAUCUCAUUAUAGAUGGCUGUGAGCCACCAUGUGGUUGCUGGGAAUUGAACUCAGGACCUCUAGAAGAGCAGCAGCCAGUGCUCUUAACCUCUGAGCCAUCUCUCCAGCCCUUUCCUCAGUUUUUUUGUGUAGCCCUGGCUGUCCUGGAACUCACUCUGUAGACUAGGCUGGCCUUGAACUCACAGAGAUCCGCCUGCCUCUGCCUCCCCAAUGCUGGGAUUAAAGGUGUGCACCACUGAAGCCUGCCUCCCAGCAUCCACUUUCAUUGUGACUCCAAAAUAUUCCAUUCUGGGCCGGGCGGUGGUGGCACUCGGGAGGCAGAGGCAGGUGGAUCUCUAUGAGUUCAAGGCUAGCCUGGUCUACAGAGCUAGUUCCAGAAAAGCUAAGAAUGUUACACAGAGAAACCCUGUCUGGGAAAAAAAAAAUCCAUUCUGGUUGGGCAGAUUUGUGUGAGUAUGUCUUCUUUCCUCUUGGGCAUGGACCCUAGAACGGAAGCUCUGGCUGGUGUGAUGACCUACCAUUUGAGCAGCUGACAGACUAUUUUUUCCCAAGUAGCUGUACCAUAUGAACUCCCACCAGCAGAGGUUGAAGACUGCAGUUUCUCCAGAUGUUCACAAACAUGGAUCCUUUUCUCUUUUCAGAUUUAUUGUAUUUACCUUUAAUUAUGCAUGUGUGGGUGCACUCCUCUGUGUGUGUGUGUGUUGUGGGGAUGUGCACAUGUGAGUACAGAUGCCCAUGGAGUCCAGAAGGAGGUGUCCGAUCUCCUGGAACUGGAGUUAAAGGUCGCUGUGAGCCAUCAUGUGGGUGCUGGGAACCGAACCUGAGUGUCUUUGAGAGCAGCCAACGCUCUGAGCCGCUGAGCCACCUCUCCAGCCCCUCCCUCUUUUUUCCCUUGGGAAAGCUACAUGCAUUCUGGUGGGUGUGAGGUGUUAGUGUGAUUUGCAUUUACAUUUGCCCAGUAACUAGUGAUGCUGAGACCUUCUCCCGUGCCGGGUGGCCAUCCUGUGUACCUGUGCACGCACGGUGCUGGAAAGAUGAAACCCGGAGCCUUACAUGCCAGACAGUGUUCUUUCCCACUGUGCUACACUCCCCAACCCCCCCCUCUCCCAGGUUCCUUCGUGACUCCAAGCUGCCUGUCCUGUGGGGCAGGCAGCAGUUCAGAGACUCGCAGGUCACCUGCCAGCGCACAUUAGGUGCUUAGGUGCGGAGAACCAGCCCACCCCACCCCACCUCCUCUGCAGUCCUUUUGUGUUUUGCAGUGCUGGGAUGGAACCCAGGCUCCAAGGCAAGCACUCCAUAACCAGGCUCCUGGUACCCUAACAUCCCUUCCAGGAGGUUCCACCUCUGCACCACCUGCGCCGCCAGGCUCUGCUACCUGGCCUUCCCGCCUUCCUCCCAACACACGUGUGCUGUUCUUUCUGAAAUGUUCUCCUGGUACUAAUUUCCCAGAGAUACACUUAAAAAAAUUUUUUUUUGUUGUUGUUGUUUUGUUUUUCGAGACAGGGUUUCUCUGUGUAGUUUUGGUGCCUGUCCGGGAUCUCGCUCUGUAGACCAGGCUGGCCUUGAACUCACAGAGAUCCACCUGGCUCUGCCUCUCGAGUGCUGGGAUCAAAGGCCAUGCACCACUACUGCCCGGCGAGCUCCACUUUUUAAUUCUUGAAGGUUCCACCGAGACAGCCAACUUUUUUUGGGAUUGACUCUGAGAGAGACCCGUAUGCCUUUUUCUACCCUAGCAGCCACCGUGUGCUGCUCUGGCCUUAGCCAGGACCCUUCCUUAGCAAGCUCCUACUGUGUGGGCCCAGAACAAACGUGCAAUGUGUUGCAUGCCGCCUGCAAAGGGCCGGAGAGCUGACUCCCAGGCUAGGGCAGUCUGAGGCAGGCAGCUCGCUGUGACGGCCUCUGCCUGGCCUUCUACACAUGUGUACCUUCCUUCUUCCUCACGUCUGGCUGUGCCUCUCCUUCCCUUCUGUCAUCCAGCAACUUGUGUGUCUCUCACACAGUCUCAAAUAUCUUCCCUAAGCUCUGCAGCAUGUAUUUGGUGUCACUGCCCACUAGGAAGGGGAUGGCGCCCCUUCAUGGAGCUGGACAGCAUCCUUAGCAGGUCUAGGUGGGUUGCUCUUGACUCCAGCUGGCCACCCAGGACCAGUCAUUGGCGGUAACAAGCUAAGACCAUGGAGAGAAGAGGCAAGCAGGCUGAGGGCCAGGCUGAACAGCUCUCCCUGGAAGGAACUUGCACCUUCACACCCCGAGAGAUCCAUGCAGCUGUAUAUGCACUUCUCACACUCCUUUACUGUUUACAUCCUGAGUGAGUGAGAGCACUGUUCACGCUCCCAGUGCUGAAAGAGCACUGCAUCAUCAGAGAGCCCUGUGAGAACAUCCUUUUAGGACUGAACUACAGAAGCUGUGUCCUUACACUGGACCCAUAGACUGGCUGGAGAAACUCCCCACAAACACAUGUGCUCUCUCCGUCAUUAACGCUGUCCGCUGGCAGAAAAGGUAUUUGGAAAACUAUUUUGAUGGGUAGAGCUCAACUGUCUACUGUGUGCAGUAUCCUCUGUGAGGUGCUGAGGAGGCAGUAACUGUCCUGUGUCAUAGCAGGGGUGAGGUAGAAUGUGUCACACCAGUGGUUGGAUGUGGUUUUGACCUCCCUUCCUUCCCCCUUCAUGUCUGUCCUGCAUCCAGCUGGACAAACUCAGAACCAUCAUCGAAAGCAUGCUGAGCUCCUCCUCCACACUGCUAUCCAUGAGCAUAACCCCACACAAGUCCAUGAACACCCUGGUGCCUGGCCAGAUCGACC